GAUGGGUACUUUACUUUGUUCUUUUUCUUUAAUCAGCGUAAAAUCGAAGUCCACCUCAUGCCCUUCCCUUUCUUUCUCUUUCUUACCAAAGGAAAAGGAAAGCAAAUGAAAUCCCUCCUUCCUUUCCUUCUUCCUCAAAAAUAAAUAUACAAAUAUAUACUCAGUUUCCUUCCGUCUUCGCUGCCGCCAUUCCACGCAUCAUCAGUCAGCCUAGCAGCAAUCAAAGCGUUAUCUUCUCUCUUUCUCUCUCUCCUCCGACACCACGAAUCAAUAAUAUGCCAUAGAUCAGGAUACCAAUAGAAACCGACUCUUGGCUUCAGAUCUGCUCGCAAAACCAUCGUCAAGAUCCAAUUUGGCCUCUUUCGAUCACUUUGGUUCUUCACUUGCAAAGAAAUUAAUGAUGGAUUCUGAGCAACGUCGCAAGCGGAAGCGAAUAAACAAACCCUACGCCAACUUCUUUUCAGUUAAGUCUUUAACUGUUUGCUUGUCUUUCUUCUUCCUUCUUCUCUUCAUUUCUUCAGAUCGCUCGCCUAUUCGUACUGGGUCGUUUCGUCCAGUGCUUUCUGUACCCACGUCCUUGUCGCUUUUGCCAACCCGUCUAGCGCUAGUUCGAGAUUCCUUUGAUACUAGAUCCCUGUCUUUGAUGGUGGAAGAUAGGGUCUUGUUGCCUGACCACUUGCUGCUAAUUGUUUCUAGUAAACUCCGUAACAAUGAAAAUUUUUAUUGUGUUUACUAUAGUUCCUUCAAUUCUUUGUCUUCUGUGAAUGUGUUUGUAAAGCCGGCUUUAUCUGUUGAUGAGUAUCGUGAGGAUAAGUCCAUUGUGAGGUGCCAGCUUCCGCCGAUGAAUUUUUCUGCCGUCGUUGACUUGCGGCGGACGUGGGAGGCAAAGGAAGGUGAUGGGCUGUCACGGGGUAAUGCGGCGGUGGCGGUUCCUUCUUGGGAUAGAGUGGUAUAUGAAGCGAUAUUGGAUUUUAACACAGCCGUUGUGUUCGUUAAAGGAUUGAAUCUUCGUCCACACAGGGAAUCAGAUCCAACCCAAUUCAGAUGCCGCUUUGGUUUAACUAACUUUGACAAGAAUGAAGGAUUUGUGUUCACUACUAAAGCAACUGCGGCUGCACAAGAGGUUAUUAGGUGUUUGAUGCCGCGAAGUGUUAGGAGGAAUCCGGAGAAGGCUCAGGGGAUUCGAGUCACAGUUAGCCGGGUUGAUGCUGGUGAAGAUGCCAUUGAUGGGCCUCUGCCUUCUGUGGCGAAAGUUUACAGCACCAAUUUGCAGCGGCAGAGGAGUUACAGUAGGAAGAAGUAUGAGCUCUGUGCUUGUACAAUGCUGUGGAACCAAGCCUCUUUUCUCGGGGAGUGGAUUGUCUACCAUGCUUGGCUUGGUGUUGAAAGAUGGUUCAUCUAUGACAACAAUAGCGAUGAUGGAAUUCAGGAGGUGAUUGAUGAGCUUAAUUUGCAGAACUACAAUGUUAGUAGGUAUGCUUGGCCUUGGACUAAAGCACAGGAGGCUGGUUUUUCGCAUUGUGCUUUGCGAGCAAGGAGUGAAUGCAAGUGGCUGGGAUUCUUUGACGUGGACGAGUUCUUUUACUUCCCUCGUCACCGUGGACAAGACAUGCAGGGUCAAAAUUCACUACGAACUCUGGUUGCGAAUUACACGAAUUCACCAAUAUAUGCAGAAAUUAGAACAAUUUGUCACAGCUUCGGACCAUCUGGUUUGACCUCAGCUCCAUCGCAGGGAGUAACUGUUGGGUAUACUUGCAGGCUUCAAGCUCCUGAACGGCACAAAUCUAUUGUGCGUCCAGAACUCCUAGAUGUAACCCUUCUCAACGUGGUGCAUCACUUCAGAUUACAGCGUGGAUACAGGUACCUGAAUGUGCCUGAAAGCACAGCUGUAGUGAACCACUAUAAAUACCAGGUGUGGGAUACUUUCAAAGCCAAGUUCUUCAGGCGAGUUUCUACAUACGUUACUAACUGGCAAGAGGACCAAAACAAAGGUUCAAAAGACAGAGCACCUGGAUUAGGGACUGUGGCCAUAGAACCUCCUGAUUGGCGGCUACGGUUCUGUGAAGUUUGGGACACUGGUCUUAAGGAUUUUGUCUUGGCCAACUUUGCUGAUACUGCAACUGGGUUACUUCCUUGGGAGAGGUCUCCUUUCUAACAAAUUCACACUUGAAGGUGCUUGCAGCUAGGCGCCCAUGUAAAGCAGAGUAAUCAUACACGCAGCCAUCCAUUCUUUUGUUUCUUUAGCAAUUUUUUUUUUCUCUUUUUUUUGGUUUGGUCAUAGACAUGCAAACUACACAGUUACACAGUUGUAAAGUUGCUAAAAUAUGAAAUGAUUCUUUUCUUCA